AGUACCACAUGCCAUUUCUUUUCAUUUGCAUUGUUAUCAUCAAACGAGUUUAGGUUAAAAAAAUAAUCAAAAGAAGUUGUAGUUAUAUACAAUUGAACUCUAUUGAAACAUAACAAAUCACCACCACCACUAAACCUAACCAGUUCAAAGAUGUCGAAGUCAAACACAAAUACAAGAACUCAAACAAGAGCAUCUCUUUUCACACCGUUCAUAGCUAUAAUUCUCCCAGUUAUUAUAGCCUCAGCGGUUCUCUACCGGCUCGACCCAUUGGAACCGGUUCAUUUUCCCCUCGACAAGAUAAACCGGUCCGCUAUAACCGUUCCUUUACUUAACAAGAACAUGCGAUUAGGAUCUGAAAAAGCUGCAGAGGGACAAGUUCUUGGACCUGAAGAUUUGGUAUACGAUGCUGCUUUGGGUGUAGUUUAUACUGGUUGUGAAGAUGGGUGGAUAAAGAGAAUAACGGUGAAUGAAUCGGUGGUUGAAGAUUGGGUUAACACAGGUGGAAGACCACUUGGUUUGGCUUUUGAUGGAAAUGGUGAUCUUAUUGUUGCAGACGCAUAUAAGGGACUGCUGAGAGUAACAAGAGAAAAGGAGAUUGAAGUUCUUGUGACUGAGAUUGACGGCUUACAAUUCAAAUUAACAGAUGGGGUUGAUGUCGCACAUGAUGGUACUAUUUAUUUCACCGACGCUUCAUCAAAAUACUCGUAUAAGGAUUAUCUCCUAGAUGUAUUCGAAGGCAACCCUAAUGGUAGGUUUUUGAGUUAUAAUCCAGCAACAAAAAAGACAACACUACUAGUCAGUGACCUCUACUUUCCUAAUGGAGUUGCAGUCUCACCUGAUCAAAAAUUUGUGGUCUUUUGUGAAACUGUCCUGAUGAAUUGCAAGAAAUAUUACAUACAUGGCCCGAAAAAAGGAAGCACAGAAAAGUUUUGUGACCUCCCUGGCAUGCCUGAUAACAUUCGUUAUGAUGGACAUGGACAGUACUUGAUUGGAAUAGCCACGGCCUUUUCUCUUGACCUGGACAUAAUGCUAAAAUACCCUUUCAUUAGGAAGGCUCUGGCAAUCAUCACAAAAAAAGUUCCAAGUCUGAAUUUGUACAAGAACGGAGGAGUUAUCACUGUGGACUUGGAAGGAAAAUCUACUGCACAUUACUAUGAUCCCAAAUUAUCACUGUCUGGUGGGAUAAAGAUUGGGAAUCACUUAUAUUGUGGUUCCAUUUUAUACCCUUUUGUAAUACGUCUUGAUAUUGAGAAGUAUCCUGCUCUACCUACAAUUUAAACAAUGAAAAUUCUCAUAAAACUAUGAUGUAGAAGCAAAUUCUUAGUUUCUUCAUAUUGGUGGGUGGCAUGAAUAUAGGUUCGUGUGGAACUUCAGCAUCAUUUACUUAUAUACUCAUUAUAGUGGAAAUAAAAUUUUUAUGGAGAAUAUAUAUCUUAUUGUUUACUCUUUGCGUUGACUCAAGCAAUCAACUAUCCAUGGCUAGAAUUUCACAUUUAAGGUGAAUAAGUGAGGAAUUUGAGAUUUAAAAAUCGGCCCUUGCAUAAUGUUCUCACAUACUACAAACUAUCUAA